GGAAGCUCGUUCCAGAAGCCAAACGCACCCAGUCCCACUCUCUCUCUCGUUUUCAUUCACUCACCCUCACUGCCCCUCUCUCUUUCUCUCUCUCUCUGCAAGACACACACACACACACUCUCUCUCUGCGCAACAAUCUCGAAGAAUUCCAUCAUCAAUCUCAUUCUUACAGAUUCUCACCAUCUUCUUCUAACUUUCCUCUCGGAAUCGACGCGAUUUGCUCUCGAUUCCGGGAAAAUUUUCACGGAUUGCCAUCAAGAUUUGAAUACAAAACACUCUUCACAUUCUGUGGAUUCGGUUAGAUCUUGGACUGAAAUUCGGUGACGAUGAUCAACUUCGCCUGAACUUGACGCGACAGAAAUUAUUGUGUUGUUGUAGGGAGAGAAAGCAGAGAGGAGAGAGAAGGUGAAUUCAUAAACUAGAUAGAAAAUCUGGAUAGAGAAAAGUGAUUACAAACUAGAAGGCAAAAGUAACACUUUUUGUUUUAGUAGAAUCAUUUGCUUGAAGAAUUGAAGUUUUUUCAGAGUAAAUAGGUUUGGUAUGAUUUUUUUGCUUAAGAAUUUCAGUUCUUUGAGCAAAUUUUGGAGACUAGUACGACCUUUUGGGGAAGUUGAACCCUAACUUUAUGGUAAUUGUGGCUAUGGUUCGAAAUAGUUGACUUGAGAGUGAAACCAAAUGAAGCGAAAGGUUAGUCCGAGGAAAUUUCAUCCCAAAUGGAAGAGAAGAGUAUUUGUACUGCUUUUAUUGGGUUUUUGCUUUGCGAGUUUAGUGUUACUGGAGGCACAGUACUGUCGAAUCAAAGUGUUUGCUCUUUUGUCUCCUCCGUCUGUUCGGAAGCCUAAAAUUGCGUUUCUGUUUAUAGCUCGGAAUCGGCUUCCUUUGGUCAUGGUUUGGGAUGCUUUCUUUCAGGGAGAUAAAGAGAAUAAAUUUUCAAUUUUUGUUCACUCUAGGCCUGGGUUCUUGUUCAACAAGGCAACAACAAGAUCAGCCUAUUUCUUAAAUCGUCAAGUUAAUGACAGCAUACAGGUAGAUUGGGGAGAGGCAAGCAUGAUCCUGGCAGAGCGUAUUUUGCUGAAGCAUGCACUCUUGGAUCCUUUUAAUAAACGAUUUCUUUUUCUUUCAGAUAGCUGCAUACCCUUAUACAACUUCAGCUAUACAUAUGACUAUAUAAUGUCAACACCAACUAGUUUUGUGGACAGUUUUGCUGAUACGAAAGAGGGCCGCUACAAUCCGAAAAUGCAUCCUGUGAUUCCUGUUCGUAAUUGGAGGAAAGGAUCUCAGUGGGUUGUUCUUACCAGAAAACAUGCUGAGAUUAUAGUGAAAGAUGAUACGAUCUUUCCCUUGUUUCAAAGGCAUUGCAAGAGGAAAUCACUACCUGAAUUUUGGCGAGAUCAUCCCCUGCCUUAUGAUGCAUCCAAGGAGCAUAAUUGUAUACCAGAUGAACAUUAUGUUCAGACACUACUGGCUCAAGAAGGACUUGAAGGGGAGAUCACACGGAGGACAUUGACUCAUACAUCAUGGGAUCUUUCAUCCUCCAAGGACCGUGAACGACGGGGAUGGCAUCCUGUGACAUACAAGUUAGCAGAUGCCACUACCACACUGAUCCAAUCUAUUAAGGAUAUAGACAAUAUCUAUUAUGAGACUGAGUACCGUAGAGAAUGGUGCACCAGCAAGGGAAAACCCUCCUCAUGCUUCCUUUUUGCAAGAAAAUUCACUAGGCCAGCUGCUCUCCGGCUUCUUAAUAUGUCUGCAUUGGGAGCUUUUCAAUGAAGCAGACGUAAAGGAAAAUUUCUGUUGUGAAAUUAACAUCUCAUCUUAGAAGAAGGAUAAGCAUUAACAUGCAUGGAAAAGUUCGUAUCAUUUGUGAUUUUUUGAAAAAAAUACAGGGAAAGGGCGCUGGAAAAUGCCAAGGAGAGAAGAAACUGCAGGUCAUUUAAAAUGUAUAGUCUAUUAUUUUUAUGCGACUAUAUUACAAAGAGGGUCAUGACAAGAUAAAGUUUAUAGAAAAGUGCACGAAAAAAUCAAUACGGCUCAGAUUUAUUCUUCGUAUGGCGGGGAUCACAACCAUAAUAAAAUUAACACACAGAUUUUUUUGUGUGCACAUAACAUUACUGUUUUAGCUCUCGUCUGAAUUUACUUUGCAGCUUUGCAUCACUUGAACUAUCAUGUAUAUGUGUAAUAAAAGUAAUGAAAGUUUUGGUAUAAUUGCAUGGAUUGCAUAUACCAUUUUAACACA